UUGUUUGUAGGUUAUGUUUAAGUCGUCAAUUGUCAAAAUUAUUGUUGAAAAUUAUUCGAGUUAUUCAGUUGAAUUGAUGUUUGCUUACGUUUAUGGGUGAUAGAUAUAAUUUAUCUAAUUCUUUACCAAAGUGAACCUUGUGCUGGGAUAAAAUAAUGGAUGUAAUAGUUCCUAGUGUUUGACAUUGAGAUGAGAUGUGAAUACACUCGUCGAUGCACACUUCUCACCUUCGAGUGUUCAAAUCUUCGUACUUUUCAAUUGGUUGAUGUGCUCGUUCAUAUAUAAAACUAAUCUAUAACGUCAAAAUGACGACGAGUCAGACAUCCGUGUUAAAACUGUAUAAUUCUGUAGUGGACGAUGUCAUUACCGGAGUACGGGAUUGUUUCCUUGAUGAUGGUGUAGAUGAACAAGUAUUACAAGAAUUAAAACAAUUAUGGAAAUCCAAGUUAGUUGCAAGUGGCGCUAUGGACCCCCCACAGCCUGAGCCACCAGUGAUGCCACCUCCUCCACCAGUGUUACAAAACUUUCAUAAAGCUAAUGGUAGCCAUUUAUUACAAAAAAGGCCCGAUAUGGUUCCACAGACCUCGGGACAAUCUGGAGUGGAACAUGGCGCUCCAGCUCAGAAUAUGGGAGGUGGACAUCCCCAUCCUGUUCUUGAUCCUAACAAUAAGGUACCAGUACAAUUAACCUUACCUGCGCAACCCAAUGUGCCUGGUUCACAGCCACGUUCCUUUACAAUACAAAUACCUGCAUCAGCACUUAAUGGAAAUAAGCUCCACCAAGUUUUAACGGGACCAAUUAUUAAUGCAACCAUUAGUUUGCCGCAGCCCUUAGCUGCAACCUUACUUCAACAACACAUAAAUUCAGCACUGGCUGGUCAACAAAAUGAAUUUGAUGGUGGCGGAGGUGGACGAAGUGGUGCAGCACCUUUCUCACUUGAUGGUGCUAUGGAUUCCUCAGAUGAUGAAGGUUCAAAUGUUGGAGAUGGAUCCGAUGAUGGGGCAGGUGAUGACGAUGAGGAUGAGGAAUCUGCCGAGGAGAGAGCCGAAGAGGAAGAAGAGGAAAGGGAUGAAAGCGGUGGUGCUGAGGAGGAACCACUGAAUUCUGGAGAUGAUGUUUCAGAUGAAGAGCCUGGUGAUAUGUUUGACACUGACAAUGUAGUUGUAUGCCAAUAUGACAAGAUCACGCGCACACGCAAUAAGUGGAAAUUCUAUUUCAAAGAUGGCAUUAUGAAUCUAUCUGGUAAAGAUUUUGUUUUUCAAAAGGCCAAUGGUGAUGCUGAGUGGUAAAGAGAUUGAUAUUCAUUUAAACUGAUUAAAUGUAUGAAUGUUGGUGUAAAUUUGACUGUUGUCUGUUAUGGAACAAAAAUACAUUUGGCAUUAUUAAAAUGAUUUUCUCUUUUUUAAUGUUCAUUGACUUUAACCAAUUCUAAGACUGAAAUACUUUCAUUUGUUUAAAUCAAAUGUAUUUACUUGUAUCCUUUACCUAAUUUGCUUAUAAUUUAAUCUAGCAAAAAAUAAUACAGGUACUUUUUAAACAAUUACUUUAAAGGUCAGCAUUGAAGAUAUAAACCUUGAACAAACAAAUGCUGCAACGGUUGAAGUCAAUGCUAUGUUUGCCCAUUGAUAUUUGAUAACAAUAUGAUUUAAAUUGAAAUUUUCAACAAUAUCCAAGCUUCACAAUAUUUAACCAUUAUUUAUCCAUAGUCUUCAGUGCCAUAAAUGUUCAUGUUCUCUUAUGAUACAUAUUUUCGACCAAAUUCCCUAUUAUUAACUAUUUCAUGGAAGGUUUGUCAAGAAAAACUAGUUGCAUUUCAUGUAAAAAUAAACAAGUCACAUUGUUUUAAACAUAAGUAAUUUCUCAAUGUAUAAUAGUUUUGUCAUACUUCAAAAGGUUAAUAGCGUUGCAUAUAUUGUGAUUUGUGAUUUGUAUUGCUUAUAGUAUAUGUAAGUUAAAAGAUAUCAAAUUUGUACAUUUAGUAUUAAUGCAAAACAAAUGUGAAAAUAAUAGUUUUGUAUCUCAAGCUUGAUUUAUAAAAUUGAUAUUGAUAUAAGCUAUCCAGGAUAUUGCUAUAUUAUCUAUACAUAUGGUGGGUACAUUGACAAAUCAAGUAUAGUAACUAAUUUAUAUUAUAUAGUAUUUUAUAAAGCAAACAAUUUUUGUAGUUUAUUGUAUGUCAUCUGUGCAAGUUGUGUAUAUGUAUCUCUAUGUAAUUUAAUGAGGAUAACAUAUUUAUAAAUAAGCUUAAUUGCUCUGGGCAUAAACCAAAAAUUACACCUAUAAACAAAAUUUAUAGAAAUUUUAACCUGUUCAAUGCAAUUAUCAGGUUAAAAUUAUCAUGGUAUUUAUGAUAUGCACUAAAUUUAGAUUUGUUUCAUGUUUGCCUUAAUUAUGUGCCCGUUCUUCCUUGUGUAAUAAUAAUUCCUGAUUUAAUUAUUUUGUUUAUAAUUAAGUAUGUAAAUUAAAUUUUUAUUUGCACAAAAAUCAUUUUGUUUUCUAGUAUCUUUAACACUCACCAAUAAAUCUAAUGUGAUAUGAUUUAGUGCUUAAUGUAUGAUAUAAAAUCCUUCAUAGGAAAUUACUAGUAAAUAAUAUGUCUGAUGAAUUUCUUUCUAGAUAGGUAGUUUCUUCUCAAAUUUAAUUUAAGUUUUCUGUGGGUUCGUUUAUAUAAUUUCUUUUAAUGCCGAAAGCGAUAAGAAUGGUGAUAAUAAACAUGUUGCAUUCUA